AUGGUCAAAACACGAUUUCAUACAAUUACGACCUAUGAUAUCAGUGAAACAAUUUUGAAUGAAAUCCAUCCCAAAGAUGGAGAAAUCCUGUCAUGUCCAUGCUCGACCACCUCGAUAUCUUAUAAAAAAUUUGUUUCUCAUCAUAUAACAUAUCAUCCUCUAUGUCGAAGCUAUUUUAUAAGUCAACAAUGGAUCAAAGCUGUAUAUUCACCAAAUGCCAGUCGAUAUAUACCAAGAGAUUUUCGAAUAAUAGCUCAUUCUCAGUUUCAAUUUUUGGCUGAUUUUUGUUCUCUUGCUAAGGAUAUGAUUUCUCAAGCUAAAGAUGAAAUUGCCAAUUAUGAAUUAAUUACUGUUGAUCUUCUUUCUAAAAAACAACUUGAAUCGAAAGUGAAUACUACUAUCGAAUCAGCUAGGAAUAGUACAUCGAUUCGAUUGAUGUCAUAUGUUAACUAUAUUAAUACAACUAGUCAAUCGAACAAUUUCAUUUCUGCUCUCAAUACAAACAUAAAGAUCAAAACUAUAUUUGAUGUGACAGAACGGUACAUUGCCGAGAAAUAUGCGUCAACUUACGUUCAAUCCAUCCAGUCUAGAGCCGAACUGUCGUGUGACAGUGAAAAUGUAUUUAUGGGGGCUGUUUUUUAUUCAACACAAAGUCCUCUAAAUCCUACGGCAUCACUGUUAUCGGUAAAUGAUCCACCCAGUUAUGAAUCUAUUAUUGGAUUUUCUGCAGCAUGUACACCUUUUGAAAGUUUUCUUCGGAGUACACUCGAUUGUUUGCAUGAUAAAGAAUGUAUUGAAUUAUUAAUCACAUAUAUUCCAUCUAUUACUCAAACAAACUUCGAUUUGAAUAAUUCAAUUCUCUCUUCAAAACAGCAAAAUCUCUCUUUAUAUGGUCAUUUAGAAAGUCUUUUCAUUGACCAUUGGUCAAUAAAUACCAAUUAUUCAGAAUAUUUUCAUCAAUGUACAUCAAUAUCCUGUUCAUACACAACAAAAAGUAAAAAAAACAUUUAUUAUGCAUUGACUGUUCUCAUCAGUCUUUAUGGUGGAUUUACAAUCAUACUUCGCUUCAUCAUACCAUAUUUCAUCAGUAUAAUGUGCAAACCCAAAUCUCCAUCAACGAAUAAGAAUAUAACUAUUAUUGCACGUUUACGUAAAUAUGGUAAAUUAUUACAACAAAUGAAUUUGUACAAAACACCUGCCGAUCGAACGGCAAAUGGUAUCAAACAACAACGGAUUAUAACAUAUAUCUAUAUCAUUCUUCUCACUGGUUCAUUCAUGAUUUUUCUUCUUUUCCAUUCAUUAAAUACUGAAAAUGUUACUAUAACUGAACGAAAUCCAUCAUUCGAUACUUAUAACAAUUUAAAAGUAUUGUACAAAGAUACAUUAAAAUGUCCUUGUUCUACGAUGAUAAUUCCUUAUAAAGAAUUCCUUCGAUUAGAUCCAAGCAUGCAUCAAGUGUGUCAAAGUAUCUUUGUCAGUAAAUAUUUGAUAUCUAUGAUGAAAAAAACGAUAGGCAAAAAGCAACUCGAUAAGUGGUUUGAAUAUGCUCCGUCUUAUUUUCAAUUGUUAUCUGAUUUUUGUCAAUUGGCUAAUAGAACGGUUGAUGAUGCAAUAAAUCGACUGCUUCUACAACAAUUUGCUGUUUCUGAUGUUCUAACUGAAACUAUUUUUGACGCACAAAUAAACGAAAUAUUGAGUCAAUUUUUUCAGUUGACAAUGAUAUCUUUUCACGUACUUGUCAACACAACAAGUCUUUUUACUCAAAUUGAUCAACCUUAUACAGCAGCGUCACAAUAUCAUCCCGGUCACGGUGAUCUAAAUCUAAUCGUUCAUCCUUGGGAAAAUAAAAUAAACAACAAAGUAUCAUUAAACCUUACAUUCAAGUUGACUGAAAUAUAUGAUACAAAAUCAUCGUUAGCUAAUUGUAUUUGCCCAACAGAUCCUCAUUGCCAAACGGAUGAUUAUUUAAUAAGUUCUAAUAUAAUAUCUUCAAUAUUUUUCGAUGCUCAUUAUUCGUUUAACACAUCAGGCUUGGCGCAAAGAUGUUUUACGGUUGAUUCUGUUCUCUUCUCGACACUUGAAUGCUUUUACAUUCACUCUGAUUGUUUAACAGUUUUCUUAGGAACUUUAUACUUGCAUUAUUCAUCGAGCGAUAAAACACCAAUUCAACCCCUUGUGUAUAAUUCAACAAAUAGUCGUUUUCCACCUGAUACGUUAAUAAAGUCAAUCAUUGGAAAAUUAAUGAUCGAACAAUGGAAUCCAUUUUUCUCCUAUAAAAAGUUUUACCAAUCAUGUUUACCAAAAUAUUGUACUUAUCUAAAACGAACUCGUACCAAAGAUGCUCUUGAAGUAACCAUAGUAUUGAUCUCUUUGGUCGGUGGUCUUACCGUUUCACUUCGGAUAGUUGCACUUUAUCUAGUCAAAAUAAUACUAUUUUUGAGGGAAAUUAUUACGAGAAAAAAGAAACCAAUAUCAAAAGCAAAACCCAAUGUGAAUGUUAAUCAAAAGUUUUUCGAUCGAUUAGUGAUGAUCAUAAGAAAACUAAGUACAUUUGUGCAUACUCAAUUGAUCAAUCUGAGCGUUUUCUCUCCACGAGAUUUUGAUAGUCGUAAUGAUCGAGCAACUGUCAAACGUCUUGGUCAAUGGUCAACUCGUUUAUAUAUUAUUUUAUUCAUCAUUGGUCUUGUUAUUCUCAUUCUUUAUACUAUUAUUCGACCUGAAUUUCAAACAAAGAUGUUUUAUGAACCAUCUUUUGAUCAUUACAAUCGUUUAAUCAAAAAAUAUGAAAAUCGCCUGAAAUGUUCUUGUUCGCAUAUUGCAUCAAAAUACAAUGAAUUUGCUAGUCUUGAACCCCGAUUUCAUCAAAUUUGUUCAAGUCCAUUUGUUUCCGAUCGCUGGCGAAUAAUAAUAACAUAUGAUCUUGAUCUUAAUCUUUUACGUUAUCCACGAACAGAUUAUCGUUAUUUUCUUUCAGCUCAUUUACAAUUUCUUCGUGGACUUUGUGAUCUUUCUCUUGAAUUAAUCAAUAAUUCCGUUCAUCAAUUUCAUACUUCAUUAUUCAUCACAACUCAACUUUUAUUUAAAACUGAAUUUGAUCAACAUUUUAAUUCUAUAAUUAAACAAAUUCAGUCAAACACUCCACAAGUAUUUGCUCAACUUCUAUUUUUGAUUCGUAAGAUAAAUCAUGGAGAUGGUGUCAUAUCGACAUAUGGAACGAAUUAUAAAUAUAUUAUUCCUUGGGAUAAAAUAGAUGGAGUUUAUGCACCUACUCAAUCUAUAACUUAUGAUAAUUGUUCUUGUGAUUUAGAUUUCAAUUGUACAAGUCAAGCUUUCUUUCAUUCAGAAUCUGAACAAAUUCCAAUUAAAGGUUUAAAAAUUGGAUGUACACCAAGUGAAUCUUUUCUUUCUUCAACUAUUGAAGAUAAAGAUCAGACACCACUAAAAAUCAAUGUUACAACAGAGACAAAUUCAUCAUUAACUGUAGUCGAAUCAAUAUGUGAAAUGAAAUUUGAAAUAAUAUCAAGAAAAAUUAAAGAUACUCAGCCAAUAUUACCUGUUAUUGCUGAUUUAAACAAUGAUCAUCAACUCGAUCUUGUAUUUUACUGUGUCCAAGAAAAACACUUAUAUGUAUUGCUUAGCAAUGGUAGAGGAACUUUUCAACAAGAACUAUUUUUUCCUAUUAAAAACGUUGAUUCAUCGAUAAAAAUUGUUGCUGCUGAUUUCAACAACGACCAUCAAGUCGAUCUUGCAGUUACUAAUUCUAUUAAAAAAUGUAUACAUAUUUUGUUCGGAUAUGGGAACGGAUCUUUUCGCUCACUGAAGACCGUAUCACUUUUGAGGGAUGGCACACCCAGUAGUAUCGCUGUAACUGAUUUCGAUAAUGAUAAUUAUACUGAUAUUGUCGUAUUGUUUAAUAUUGAUAAAAAAAUGAUCUUUUUUUUUGGAAUGGGCAAUGGAAAAUUUUCUCGGCGUCAAUUCAUGAGUGUAAAUUGGCCUACAUUCUAUUCAAAACUUAUUCAUACUGUUGAUAUGAAUCGUGAUGGCUAUAAAGAUAUUUUAGUCUGGGAUUCUUAUAUGGGAAAUAUUGAUCUAAUGAUUGGAAGUGGCACUAAACUUGAUAGGAGAGUAAUGACAAACAUAGUUAAAUUUAUCUCGAUGGGUGACGUUAUUGUUGCAGAUUUCAAUCGUGAUACUUGGCAAGAUUUGGCUAUCUCAUCUAUACGUCGGAGUGAGAUUUAUUUGCGAACUGGAUAUGGAACUGGUUGUUGUCGCUUAGAUAGAAUAUUUAAAAUUGAAAAACCUAUGAAUCCAUU